UCCGUUGUGUGUGUGUUUUUUUGUCCGGAAUAGGCAGAGUUUCCGGUUCCGGCGGGGGCCGUCCCUGGCGGCGGAGAUGGCGGCGACAGCGGCGGAGGCUGCGGCGUCUGGCUCUGGAGAGCCCCGGGAGGAGGCCGGAGCCCUCGGCCCCGCUUGGGAUGAAUCCCAGUUGCGCAGUUAUAGCUUCCCGACUAGGCCCAUCCCACGUCUGAGUCAGAGCGACCCCCGGGCCGAGGAGCUUAUUGAGAAUGAGGAGCCUGUGGUGCUGACCGACACCAAUCUUGUGUAUCCUGCCUUGAAAUGGGAUCUUGAAUACUUGCAAGAGAAUAUUGGCAAUGGAGACUUCUCUGUGUACAGUGCCAGCACCCACAAGUUCUUGUACUAUGAUGAGAAGAAGAUGGCUAAUUUCCAGAACUUUAAGCCGAGGUCCAACAGGGAAGAAAUGAAAUUUCAUGAGUUUGUUGAGAAACUGCAGGAUAUACAACAGCGAGGAGGGGAAGAGAGGUUGUAUCUGCAGCAAACACUCAAUGACACUGUGGGCAGGAAGAUUGUCAUGGACUUCUUGGGUUUUAACUGGAACUGGAUUAAUAAGCAACAGGGGAAGCGUGGCUGGGGGCAGCUGACCUCUAACCUGCUGCUCAUCGGCAUGGAAGGAAAUGUGACGCCUGCUCACUAUGAUGAGCAGCAGAACUUUUUUGCUCAGAUAAAAGGCCACAAGCGAUGCAUCUUAUUCCCUCCGGAUCAGUUUGAGUGCCUCUACCCAUACCCUGUUCAUCACCCAUGUGACAGACAGAGCCAGGUGGACUUUGACAAUCCUGACUACGAGAGAUUCCCUAAUUUCCAAAAUGUCGUUGGUUACGAAACAGUGGUUGGCCCUGGUGAUGUUCUUUACAUCCCAAUGUACUGGUGGCAUCAUAUAGAAUCAUUACUAAAUGGGGGGAUUACCAUCACUGUGAACUUCUGGUAUAAGGGGGCUCCUACCCCUAAGAGAAUUGAAUAUCCUCUCAAAGCUCAUCAGAAAGUGGCCAUAAUGAGAAACAUUGAGAAGAUGCUUGGAGAGGCCUUGGGAAACCCACAAGAGGUGGGGCCCUUGUUGAACACAAUGAUCAAGGGCCGAUACAACUAGCCUGCCAGGAGUCAAGGCCUCCUGCCAGGUGACUGCUAUCCCGUCCACACCGCUUCAUUGAUGAGGACAGGAGACUCCAAGCGCUAGUAUUGCACGCUGCACUUAAUGGACUGGACUCUUGCCAUGGCCCAGGAGGCAGGUGUUUGGGGCGAGGCAGGGCAGUUGGCACUCCACCCCUAUUUGGAGGGACUUCGUACCCUUGCCUCUUGUGCCUCAGCACCUUCUCUCUCUGCCCCCCGCCUAAAGUCCUGCAUUCAGUGUGUGGAGUCCCAGCUUUUGGUUGUCAUCAUGUCUGUGUGUAUGUUAGUCUGUCAACCUCGGAAUGUGUGUGCAUGUGUGUGCAUGCACACGCAUGUAUGUAUCUGUUUCCUGUUCCUCCCUUCUGGGUCAGGAUGUCACUUCUGGCUCUCAGCCCUAUCUCCUGCAGCCUCAGUGCCUCAGCCUGAGAGAGAGAGGAGAUUCUCGGACCCCCACUGCAUCUGGGCUGCAGGGCCAGAGCUAGUCUGACUAUUAUUAGGGCAGUCUGCCUCCUGACAGUUUUUGCAUAGUCAAGCUCUAGGCAGUAUGGGAAUGGCUACUGGGACUCUAAUGGGGUGAGUGAGAGGGGAGGCUUGCCCUUGAGAGCCUAGAUAGCCUUCCUGUGAGAGAGAGGAUUAGAUAGGGUUCCAACUGGGACCUAUAAGCUCAAGCCAUACACAGAAGGACCUUGGGACAUAAGAGCCAAUGAUUGUGCAUAAGUUACAAAUUAUAGACACAUACAAUUACUCUCUUUCAGCACCAGCUCUUGCCCCUAUGGUGGGUACCAAGGGAGUUCUCCUAGCUGUGGCUUCUCUAGGUUCUAGGGGGUGCAGGCCUGUGUGUGUGUGUGUGUGUGUGUGUGUGUGUGUGUGUGUGUCUAGGUUCUAGGGGGUGCAAAUGUGUGUGUGUGUUCAUAUGUGUAUGUAUCCACACUGGCCUGCCUAGGGGUGCAAGCCUGUGUGUGUGUGUGUGUGUGUGUGUGUGUGUGUGUGUGUGCACGUGCGCGUAUGCGUAUGUGUGUGUAUCCACACUGGCCAGCCUCCCUACUUACCAAGGGUCUCCACUGUUUACCUUUUCCAGUGGGAUAGUACAGUGUGAGCCCCCAGGAAGUACUGCCUGACUUAUCCUAAGCUUUUACACUUGGAUUUUAGCCAUCAUAUGUUGGCCAGGUCUCACUGCAGCCUGUCCGAGGCUGACUGGCUAGAGCCUCCAGGCCCUACGAUGCUCCCUGCCCAGGCCAUAUCCUUUACUCCUGCUGAGCUUCCUGGCUGAAUAGUGAAAUGGGGUCAAGCCCAGGCAGCUCACUCACUACCUGUGAUCCACCUCAGGGCACGGGCAAACACAUACCUUGCCUCUUAAAGCCAGCGCCUCUGCCAGACCCCAUUUAAUGUGCCACAACACCCUCAGUAGUCAGGGCAACUGGUAGAGCAUGGAAGUCGAAUUUCCUUUUCUGUUAGGAGCUUCUCAUGGGCACCCUCUCAGGGCCGCAGCUUACAGGUGGGCAGCUGUGAUUGCACAACUUGAAGGGCCACCAUUCACAUCUGUUCAGUAGGAGUGGGGCCCCUGGGAUUGGGCAUUGUGGUGGCCCUGUGUCUCCUCACCUCUCUUCCUGUCUUCAUCCCCUUCUCUCUGGAAGGGAAGAAGAGUUGGAAGGUCUCCGGUUUUAUUUUCUUUUGCCAAAGGUUUACUUCCAGCAUCUGAGCUCUGGCUCUCACCCCGAAGCUCAGUUUAUAGUGCACUGAUGGACUGAGAGGAUGUGUUUGUAUGCUUUUGCAUGCCUGAGUUUGUUUUUUGAGGAGGGGUGUUUAUUUUUAGUACCUCAUUCUGGGGUUCUCUGAUGCAGUGUGGAUGUGAAGACAUGGUACCUUCUCAAGUGUAGCUCUUUCAAAUAUAGUCAAUGCUGGGAAAUGUGA